GCCAAACAGGCAUUAGUUUCUUUCCGUCUGUUCGAGUCGAUACAUCGCACGUUAACCUCAACAAGCAAACAUGACUGGCCGCGGCAAAGGAGGCAAAGGUCUAGGAAAGGGAGGCGCCAAACGUCAUCGUAAGGUACUGCGUGAUAACAUCCAGGGUAUAACGAAGCCCGCUAUUCGUCGUCUGGCCCGCCGUGGUGGGGUCAAGCGUAUUUCCGGUCUGAUCUACGAGGAAACACGAGGCGUACUGAAGGUGUUUUUGGAAAACGUUAUCCGUGAUGCCGUCACCUAUACGGAACAUGCCAAGCGCAAGACAGUCACCGCCAUGGAUGUGGUUUACGCUCUGAAGCGCCAAGGACGCACACUGUACGGUUUCGGAGGUUAAUCAGUUGAUUUAGAAACCUUUGCAAUAAACAGCCCUUUUCAGGGCUAC